UGCACCGUCACGCCUGGACAGCUAUUCCCCACUGCCUCCUUUUGGGCGGCACCUACAGCAUUUCAGCUGCGUUAGUCAACAUCGACUGAAUUUCCUCAUCACUCUUGGCAGCUGGGUGGUGCUGCUCAGUGUCGACCGCCACUACUCUGUAGCUGUUCUUUGGGAGACGGGUACGUAAGCCCCAUCUAGAGUCGUUGGCGGAGAGAACCCUUCCGGUGGACGGCGGUCAGUGCUCGAGAAUAUGGACGAUGAGAUCGCUUCGGAGGCUGGACCGCAGGACAAGGACACCCUCUUUGACCUGGAGAACGGAGGGACGGAACCGCUAGAUGAUUCGGAUCUUAACGAGGACGUGGCGAAGCUGAGGACGUUGUGGAGAAAUGAGGUAUGCGCGCCGGAGCUGCUAAAGGUGGACGAGCAUCUGGUGUCCGACCUUAUCCAGCAGGUCGAGAACCAGCAAGAGAUCGUGGAUGACGCCAGGGCUUCUCCCGAGGAGGCGUUUUCUGCUUCGCUGUACCAGAUGGAGCUGGACCGCCUCCGCUACUCCCUGUCCAAGUACCUCAGGACACGCCUCCGCAAGGUGGAGAGGGACGCUUUGCACGUGCUGGCCACCGCGGAUGGGGAAAUGCAGGGCCGCUUGUCAGACAGGGAGCGAGAACACGCCAAGGGAUACGUGGACAUGUUGGAGGACCACUUCACCCGGACUUGCCUCAGCCAGAUGCCUUCCAACUUCCGGUCCUUGACGAACACAAGCCAGGAGGAGAAUAUGGUGCAGGAGCCUAACUUAGACACCUUCGUGGUUUGUCGCGCGAGGGAUGAUGUGGGGUUGGUGCAGAUCGGGGAGGCGGCCGGACGGGAAGAAAGCUCAAUGGAUCUCCGGCAGGGCGACAUGUUCAUCGUGCGAUAUCGUCCGAUCAGGACACUGGUGCUCGAGGGCCGCGUUGACUUGAUAUGAGAGUGAUGUAAUGUUGGCAUCGAAGAUCCCGGGACUACCACAAACGCUUGUCCGUAAGCGGAAGGUGGAUCAUGUCGCUGAUCGAUUGAGAGGGCUUGAUGGCCACGCUGUCUCGAUUUUAGGAACCAGGGUUUGCGUACCUUCAUCUUAAUAGCAGGGAAAAGUUUAACUUGGUCCAACAGCGGGAGACGGUCCAUGUUGCCUGGUACGGAUAUACAUGCAGGCGGGCUUGACGUUCGAUGGACAGGGAACAAUCCUCGUACUCAUUGAUCAGGUGGAGUUAUUGACUUUAUCCACCGGUAGGGCCUCAACGUGACCACUGCAGAUUGUUGCAGUGCUUUCCGUGGCAUAGGGUAGUCGCAUGCAUUGGUAGGUAUGGGCCGAGGAUGGUUGUGACUUGAUCAAUGUACGAGCGAUACGGAAGUUACGGGGCUGAACGGACUUCGAACGGAUUUACCGCAAGACGACCCUUUGAGAACGCCCUGGGGCGCGCAUGAACAGGUAGGUUUGCUUGAACCGAGCACCCUGGAGUGCACCCAAAGGUAGGUGUGCGCAACAAUCAAACGGUUGGGGUGAAGUCGCCGGGGUGUUGGUCUCUUUCCUUUUGUUAUGCCGUUGCAACCCUCCUCCGUGUCGGGCCUAAACAUAUCCUAGGACACGGCAUGUGAACGUUUCGUUUCCUCGGGCGACUGAAGUAUUUGUUCUGUCCAUGUUUGCGUGAUCACAGCUUUUUUGUCCGCGUUCCCGUGUCGACUUCGAAGACUUGUAGAUAUUACUUGUUUUUUUCAACACCCCCCCACCUCCCC